AUGACCAAGAACCCACCAGAGGGCCAGUACGGCUACCCGCAACAGGGUCAAUACGGCCAAGGACAGUAUGGUGGACAGUAUGGUGGACAGCAACCAUAUGGAAACUACAAUUCUGGCGAGGGCUCUUACGGAAACUACCAACAACCGCAGCAAGGCUACGGUGGCCAGCAAGGCUCUGCACAUUCCUACUACGGCUCAAACGAUGAGCCUUACCAGCAGUAUCCCCAAGACGGCCCACCACAUCAGCCGCCACAGGGCUACUACCAAGGCGGCCCAGCAGCUCCAUACCCUCCUCAGCAGCAUGGCUACAGCCAGCCGGACCAGUACGGCGGAGGGCCACCUCAGUACGGCCAGGAAUAUCCCCCUGCCCAGCACUACGCACACCAGCAGGGCAGCGGCGGAGAUGUCGAUGCAUUCCGCUCCCACUUUGACCAGCCCCACGGCCCAGGCCAGUACGGAGGUCCUCCACCACCAGGCGCUCCCCCAGGCUCUGACGCAGACCGAGGCAUCAUGGGCGCUCUCGCAGGUGGAGCCGCCGGUGCGUACGGCGGGCACAAGAUGGGCCACGGUAUCAUUGGUGGCCUAGGCGGCGCAGUAGCAGGCAGCAUGCUCGAAGACACAGUCAAGAAACACCACAAGAAGGACAAGAAGCACAAAGACAAGCAGCACCGCCGUGGCUCCAGCUCUAGCUCCAGCUCGUCGAGCUCGUCUGAUUCGGACCACAAGAAGCAUGGCGGCGCACCCGCUGGUAACUUCUUCGCAAGCUGUCGUCAAGGAAGCGUCCAUUUGGAAGGUCGCUCUACGCUUGUCGCCGAAGCAGCCAAUACUCACGGACACCACCAUCGCUCUGAGAUCGAUUUGAACGACUGUUUUACGAACACCAACGGCCGCUUGCACUGGGCGAGAGGCGGCAACUUUGCGGCUAGCGCUCGCAACAUCAGGCUGGCGGAUCACGGCAGGGUGAUCGAAGCUGAGCUGGGUGAUGGUCGCGGCGGAUGGCAGCACAAUGCCGUGUACUUGGACGAGCGCAUUACGAACGAGGACGGGCGCCUCAUGAUGAUCUAG